AUGCCGACCAGAAAGUUAUCUAAAUGGAAAAUGCUUUUACGUGAAUUUGAUAUCGUUUAUGUGACUCAGAAGGUGAUAAAAGCACAAACCUUAGUUGAUCACCUUGCAGAAAAUCCUAUCGAUGAAGAGUAUAAACCACUCAAGACUUAUUUCCCUGAUGAAGAGGUAUCAUUUAUGGGUGAAGAUAUUUCUGAAGCGUAUCCUGGUUGGAGAGUAUUCUUUGAUGGAGCGGCAAAUCACCAAGGAACAGGUAUUAGAUCUGUUUUAGUGUCAGAAUCUAGUCAGCAUUAUCCUGUGGAGGCCAAACUCCUAUUUAAUUGCACGAACAACAUGGCCAAAUAUGAAGCAUGUAUUCUUAGCUUGAAGAUGGCCAUUGACAUGAAUGUCCACGAGUUGUUGGUUAUGGAGAAUGAGUUGGCUGAUGCUCUUGCUACCAUCACUUCAAUGAUUAAACAUCCAGAUACUAAUUAUAUUGAUCCUCUAGAUAUAGAUCUAAAAGAACAUCCGGUCCAUUGUUCACAUGUUGAAGCAGAACCAGACAUUUGCCAUGCUUGGGACAUGGAUGUCAUUACUGAUGAUGGCGCAAAUCUCAACAGUCACUUGAUGAGAGAUAUAUGUGAGCAGUUUAAGAUUACUCAUCAAAACUGA